GGGAGCGGGAACGGGGAACGACGAAAAACGGCCAGGCCAAGGGUCUGCCAGUCUGCCUCCUCGCAGUCGCCGCGUGUUACAGCAGCACGGUUCGAAGUGUGAUUCGCAAGAAUAAGGCAUCGGAGCAUCGUGCGCGCGCGUGCCCCAUUCUGCCCUGCGUACAUAUACAUUCUCAGUGUCCGUUCAGUGUCCGUAUAGUGUAUACGCACAUACCUACCUACGUUUGCCGAAACUCCAAGAGUCGAAUUUCUCGCGCGCGUCCUUACGUAAGUGUCGGAGCAGCUGUACUUUUCUUCGAACAGCAUACAGCGCAAGGUGCGACAAGUAAAAAUAUUCUCGGAAACCGCGCGCGCGUGCAGUGUAUGCCCAUUGUGCAUGUGUACAUGACCUCGACGCCGCCGCUGUUGCUCCUGUACCCGCCCGCUGCUAGCCGGUGAGGUUAUCCUUGUCCUCUGUACGUACCGCUGUGGUUCCUCGUCGGUGUCGUCCUCAUCCCCCGGAGCAAAGCUUUCUCAGAAAACUGGAUCCAAAAUUGAGUUUAUUUUGAUAGUGCAUUUGUGACAUGGAAGCUGGAUUUCUCAAUUUCCACGAUGAGGAACACUUUUCAGAUUUCUCAUUAUCCUUGGACCAUCAGCACAAUCUACUGGGUGAAUCGCAAAGUUCAUUAGCACAAAUAGUUGAUAGUGAUUUUGAUUAUGUAGAAAGCUUAGGAUUUGAUUCAAAUGAUGCAUUAUGGGAAACCGAACAAGAGCUCAAUGGAGACCUUGCAGUAUUGCCGGUCUCAGGUGUUUCUGGGGUUAUUCCAAAGAUGGAAAAUAUCAAAGAAGACUUUGCAAAAGUACUCACCGAUUGGCAAGAACACAUUGGGUACUUACAGGCUUCAGAAAUCGAAGAGGAUAUCAAUUUAGAUAUGGGAUUGCACAUAAAUGAAGACUUGGCUAAGGACAUUUUUGAAGAUAUAGAAAAAUCUGCAAAUAAUAUUUUGAAGAGUCCUGUAAAGUUGGAACAGCCACAAAAACAAAGUCACAAAUUAAGUCCUGUCAAAUUUCAUGUUGAUCAGUAUGAAUCUCCACGUGUAUCUGAGUCUGAUCAAAGUGAAAAAGAAAUAGAUGUUGUAGGACUAGAUUCAGUCGAGGAUGUAAACCCCAUUGUAGACUUCAUGCAUGUCAGAAGACGACAUGCGACUACUACGUCCAAAGAAAAUAAUUCCAAAAGUUUAGGUAAAAAAGUUAUUAAAACUAAGCAAGAACCAAUUGAAGUCAAAGAAGAAUUAUUGUCUGACUUCGAGAAUGAACCAAUUCCAGAAAUUCCAUCACCAACAGAAGAACUGGACUGUGCAAAGAGUAGUAAAAAAAAACAUAGUAAAAAACAUAAGGAAGAAGUUCCAAGUAAGAGAAGUCGCAAAUCUGGUAAAGAAGCGCCUGAUUUUGUUGGAAAGAUUCCCAAAAAAUUGAAAAAAGACUUAAAAUCUGAUGAGAUUAUAAAAGAAAGUAAUUCAACUACUGUUCCCUCAAUAUCUAAAAAAGCACCUGCAUUGGAAGCUGGUGAUGUCAAGAGCCUUUUAGAACAAUUUGAAGCUACGGAAGCUGCCGCAAUCUCCUCAGAAAUUCCUGACAAAACACAACUUUCACAGGCGUCUUCCAAGAAAUCUUCGUCAAAGUUCAUUGUAAAUAAGUCCCAAGUAACUUUAUUGAAGAAGUCGACCGAUUCACAAGAUUCAAAGUUCCAUCAAGACAUUCGUGACUCUCUACCAAAAGAAGUAAUAGAUAGGAUAAAGGCAUCUUCUGGUCGUAAAAAGAUGAUAUCAGUUAUACCUGCGAUUCCCAACACCAAAAUCGGAACACGAAACAAUGGAACCAGGAUGCAAGAGGCCGCAGCUACUCUCUCAAGGAAUAAGUUACUAAAACUAGUUACGAACAACAGUAAUUCCGGCGUAAGGGUUGACGGAUCGGUACAAUUGGACCACGACUACUGCAGCAACUCCAACUCGAUGAUGAGCAGUAGCAGCAACAGCUGCGAUAGUAACAGUGAGUACGAUAGGCAAUCUAGCGACAGCGAACAACUCACUCCCGUUAAGCAAGAGUCUAGUAAAGAAAAAAAUGGUUGUUAUGGUAAAGGUGGUGCAGAGCACCUCAAGUCCACUAACCACAAGACCAGCGCAGCAACCAGGAAGAACAACUGGACGGAUAGCAGUUCAAAGAAGGACAGUGGUCUUGAGUCGGGCGAUGUCAGUGAUGCAAGCGAGGAGCAGACUCCAGCGUCUAAGGUAAAGAAAUCCUUGCUGCAGGACACUCCACCGUCAAAGGAGUCGAAGGAACUUAAGAAGAACCCUGCCCACGGCAGUAUCUUGGAUAGCAUCAAUAAAGUGUCGUUGAUAAAUAAACCUCCAACAACCAACUCUGUAAAACCCGUUUAUGAGAUGAAGAUACAAUCUGCGUUGGCCACAAGCAUACUUCAACUUCGCAAGGGUGUGCUCACUAAAACCAAGUCUCUUGACAAUCAUAAGCCUAAGCAAAUGGUGUCAGUGCUGAAGAAACCACCGGUGGCCACUACUCCUCAGAAAAUUUUCGGCAGCAAUCUCAAGGAAUCGAUUGUUACUACAACAAACAGCUCGAAUGAUCAGGUACAGAAUAUAAUCGUGCAGGACACGGCUGAAAUUGAGCUACCUGAAGAGACAAAGAAGAAGCCGCCGCGCAGGAAACUGAAUCUUGCCGAGUACCGGAGUCGUCGCGAGCAGAACCGAAGUGAUGGAAGUCGUACAAAUUCGCCGAUACAGCCAAUGACUUUACUUUAUAUUCACCAUGCCUCCACUAACACAGAACCUAUCAACGAUGACCUUGAGAAUCCUGUUUGGUCCGAGAGAGAGAUCGUGUCAGUACUGAAGCCGAAAGCCGAAGUCGAAGAAGAAAAGCUCAAGCCGAAGCGUCCGACUAGAGAUAGGGGUAUGCAAACUACGGAGACUGUUUUCGGAAUAGUUUACGAAGAUGAAGAAGACGAGGAGCAGGAAGAACAGAAAACACCGGGUCAGGUACCUGAAGCGGUAGCUGAACAAGUGCCCGAACAAAAGCAAAAGGAACAAAUAAUGCAAGAGCAACAGAUUGCUAAAAAAGCGGUUGUUAACAGCAAUGUUAAUCUUAACGUUCAGAUAGCAACGAAGGAUGCAGUCGAAAACAUGGUAACGGACGAUCAACUUGAGGUUGGUGAAAUUGUAGAUGACCAGGCUGUGAGCAAUGACAAUGCAAGUAAUAAAAUUCCAGUAAGCAAUGCUAAUGCCGAAAGACAAAAUGAAGAAGAAAAUGCUUCCAUGAGUAUAAACCGUCUACGAGACCGGAAGCACCGCAAUUAUAGACGUAAUCGCGCUUCCCCGGGCUCAUCCCGCUCACGUUCCAGAAGUCGUAGCCGUAGCAGUCGUGGUGGUGCACGAAGUUUACGUCGUGCAGCAAGUCGCAGUAGAAGUAGGAGCCGCAGUCGCAGCAGCAGGGCGAAAACCCGAAAUAACCGUAGUCGCAGUAGAAGUCGUAGCAGAAGCAGAAGUCGUAGCAGAAGUUCCAGUUCGGAUAGAAGCAGAUCGCGUAGCCGGAGCAGAUCCCGCGCAUGUCGCCAAACAAGACGCAGAAGAAUUAGUCACCGGCGCAGCUCAGUAAGCUCAAGUAGCAGCUGGUCGUCUCGGUCACGCUCCAGAUCCAGGUCCAGGUCUAGGUCAAGGUCAAGGUCAAGAUCAAGAUCACGAUCUAUGUAUAGCUCGGCUUCAUCAAGAAGAUCCAGGAGUUCGAGGUCCAGGAGCUCCAGGUCUCGGUCCAGGUCAUCGCGAUACUCUAGCUGUUCAAGGUCCUCGUCUCGCUCAAAUUUCGGACGUUCUAAAUGGUCGAGUCAUCGGAGGAAGGGAAGGCGGGAGCGCAGACGGAGUUAUGAUAGGCACAGGCGGCACUCCUCGGGUAGUAGUCACGGCUACAAUGAUUGGAGGAGGUCCCCAUCUUACAGACGCCCAUAUGAUGAAUGGUACGUAAAAGAAAAACAGCGUCAAGUGGAAGAAAGAAGAGUAAUUUACGUGGGUAGAUUGAAAGAGGGUAUUACAAAAGCUGAGCUACGACGAAGAUUCGAAGCAUUUGGCCCUGUCGUUGAUAUUAGCAUACAUUUUCGCGAGCGCGGUCAUAAUUAUGGAUUUGUAACAUUUGCUUAUAAAAAUGAUGCUUAUGAAGCAGUUGAACAUGGAAAUGACGAUCCUUCUUUGCCUAGAUAUGAUUUGUGCUUCGGUGGACGCCGAGCAUUUUGUAAAGUGAAAUAUGCAGAUUUAGAUGGGGCAGCCAGCAAUUCGUUAGGAACUAGUAGAGGAAACGUAUACAAACCAGAAGAAGAAAAUACUUUUGAUCUUUUGCUUAAAGAAGCACAAGCAAAAUUGCGUAAAAGGAAAGUUUGACACACGUAUUGCUUAUUAGUUUUAAAUGUAAUUUAACAUUUGGUUUUGCCGCUGCCAUAAAGUUUAAUUAAUUCUGGAUCAUUCGUAGUACGUUGAGAUUUGAAUGCGUAUUGCAUGUAACGAAGUUAAAUAAUAAUUUAAUUAGAUAAGGAAUCAUUUGUUAACAAGAAAUGCUGAAUCUUUUUUGAUAUACGAUUAUAGAAUAGUAUAAAUAAUUUAAAAAACUAGAACAGCACAGAACCAUCCAUUUUACGCUACUAUUAUAUACGGUGGAUCAAGUGACGAUGAGCUAUAAUACUAUUAAUGACUAUAGACAAGUAUAUUCAUAUUUAAACCAAACUAUCUACGUCCGAGUAUGUAUGUUAUAGGGGAAAUAUUUCUUUGCUAAGCAUGCAAUCCAGUAUUGCAAACAUUUUAAAAUAUGUGGUUUUAAGUUAUUGGCAUACGGGAGAUCAUAUUUUAUUUUUUUCUAAAACAAUCUCUUUGCCAAUCAUAAAUCACACUGAUACAACCAAGCAUUUCAUAGCUACAGAGUGCGUAUGAAAUUAGUUUGAUUAUUUUUGAUCUGCAAAUAUAUGUUCAUAGUUAUCGAUGUAUUUUCCUUUAUUAUAUUAAAAUAAUGGAUGUAGUUUCAUCUCAAAUGGAAUCUAUGAUUCAUCAUAUCUUAAUUGAUUUUGAUUUGCAGUUCGAAUUAUUUGUAGUAUAUUAUGCUAUUGCAAGUAUUCUUAUAAAUAAAAUCAAUUGAUCUAAUUAGCUGGAUUUUUUAUCAAUAGAAGAAUCAUUAAAAUAUAAAUUGAAAUUCAAAUUUUUUUCGCAAGGUGCUCUAUUAUAGUAGGAUGUAAACUAUGUACAGGACUUAGGACUUUCAAAAUGUUAUCGAACGUUUCUAUUUUAACGUUUGUGUAGACUAUAAGCGUCAUACAUUUGCUAUGAAGAUAAAUAAAUUGUAUAUAUUACGAUUCUUUCUGUUUUCUUAUGAAGUAGCACGUAAAAAAUUAUCCAUUACUACAGAAGAUUAUUUUUAUUUCAAAUUUUGCAAUGGUCUUGUUUGCAUGAGUUGAUGUUGAAACAACAAUUAUAUCAUGUCAAUACUUUUCACAAUUAACAGAAAAGGGUCUAUUUCUCAGUUUAUUAAUAGAACUUUUCAUGAUAUAUAGAAGAACAUUAUUUUCGGGAAUAUCUUGCUCCUGAUUACAAUUGUGAAGUCAGGCGAUAGAUCUUGUCAUUUUUAUACAAUUAUUAACAUUAAAAAUCCAAAUAAAAAGCACUGAUGCCAUUUUUGACAACCCAAAAAAGUCUGAUUACUCUGAGUAAAUAUUAUUAAAGGAUUUACUAAUUUACUAAGAAUUUACUAAUAAUCGUAUUAAUACAUUAUUCAACACAUAGAAGCAAAAUAAUAUGCCGGACAUGUCGAUGUAUAAUAUAUAAACAAGUAUGAAAUAAUGGUGCACCAAUUUUUUUGUAUAACGAUAUUUUGUAUAAACAAUAUUUAAUUCUAAAUCUUAUUUCUUUUUUAAACAGCUAAGUCUUCCAAAAUCUAUUGAAAAUAUGUCAAAAAAAUUUAAUAAUGGUUUGGUAUGUUAAAAUUAUAAAAAGUAAAGAAAACCCAAAAAAUUAUGCGUUCAACAAAUAUACUUAUUUUGAUUUUUUUUGUUGCUAAAUACAAUGUGUUAAUUGGGUCUUUUAAUCGUAGUUUAUUGUAUUACAAAAAAAAGAAAAAAAUUUUAACAAUGCACAAUAAGUAUCUGCAAGUCUUGGCUAUGGCGAGUAAAUACGUAAUUGGUUCAAUAGUACUCACGCCAUGACAUCUAAAAGUGCGAGUGUCAUAGGAAUAUAUAUUGAAUCCCGUCGAUUAUUUCAAUACAAAAUCUCUAACUUACAAUUACAAGAUCGUUGAACUUUAUUUUGUCAUUAUAGUUGACAAGCAUUCAGGGUUGACAAAGCUUGUGUCUUACCUUUUCAAAAUUCAGUAACAAUUACAAAUUGGUAAUCUCAAGAUGCUAGUAGUGUUAGAAAAUAUAUAGUAUCUAGUUAUAUAAAUAAAUAUAAAAUAAAUAGAAGAAAAACAUGAAAGACUAAAGACGGCUACGUCAUCAUAGAAGAAAGAUAUAUAAUGCACCGGGGGCGAUAAAAAAAAGUGAUGACUAAACAAGUUGUAUGUAUAAUUAUCGUAUGAUUAAAAACUACUUUGUACUAAGCAAUGCAUUAUUAAUGGGCAAAUAUUCUGUAAAAUUCAAGUAUAGCAUUCAAAAUUUAUUUCAUUCUCUUCGAUUUCUCUAUUCAAUGUGACGAUUUCUACAAUAGCGCAUAUUGGGAUGAAUUUCAUUUCUGUAUAAUACGUUACCGAAAUGUGAUAUGAACAUAAACAAAUGAUAUUAAUUUUAAAAUUUUAGCAUGAAUUAGCACUACACACGAUUUACACACAAGAAUCAAUUUGUAAUUUUUUAAAGACAAAUUUCAGCAGCGUAUUUGUCAUCGCGCAUGGUACUUUUUAGAUAACAUAUGUAAAAAUAGGAUUAAGUUUUCUAAGAUACCUUAACUGAAACAUGCGUCUGAAAUUGUAUUCUAAUUGUGAAACAAGGCUAUGUACUACCAGCUUAAUACAGAAUUUAAUGGACAAAAA